AUGCAGAUUUUCUGGCGGCACGCGGAGGCUGGCAAGUUGAACUUGAACGGCGCCGGCGUUGGCUGCGUGGUCUUCUUGGCAAGGAGCAAGAGUGAGGAUCCUGCCAAUGAGAUGGCCGAGCUGGGAGAGGCGGCCGGCUUACCAUGGAGCCGCUGGCUUAGCCUGAACUCCGCCUGCGAGUCCGUGAUCUCCCUCCGCUCCCCGGUCGCUGGGGACGAGUCCUGCGUGAACUUCCUUCGCUGCUCCGUGCAGGUGCUGAACAGCACAGCCUUCAUGAUGCUUAGCGACGAACCGCCACCAUACCGCGUGGAGAACUGGUCGCCGACACGGACUCUGGCGGUAAAAUUCCGAGGCAGCCACGCUUGCGAAGUGUUGCCGCCCCUCACGUGGUGCGCCUUCGAUUGGCCCUCACACUCUGGCUCAGACCGGGACCGCCGGCUGGUGCUGCAGGACCUCGCCACACACCGCAAGGAGAUGUACGAGGCGGAGCGAGUUGGCCCAUCGGGGCGUCCCCUGAAGCUGGACGAAGGCCAAGAGGUGGAUGGCAAGUCAGCUCCCCUGUCCGAAGAGGGAUACCACGAAGUCGUGGUGCUGCAGGACACCAAAGAGAUGGAGACUUUUGUCAAGCGAGUGGCUGCAGACAUGAAUGGAAGCUUUCCAAACGAGUCUGCCCUGGAGGAGUUUCUCAAGCACUUCGGCUGGGAAGACCUGCGGCUGCUUCGCCAAGCCCUGAUAAUGAAGCACAUCGUGCCGGAGCCGAAGCCGGUCCUCACCAAUGAAGGGCGGCAGCAAGCUUCCAUCUGUCCGCUCACGAUGGUCUCCUUCUUGAAAGCCUUGUUGAGCGCUGGCGGACUUGCGGCCACGGAUGCCGACAUUUCCGACUACGUGGCUGGCUGUGUCCGCCUACCUAGCCUACAUCAUCUGCUGGACGAGUUGCCAAAGCUGUCCUGGGUCGAGGCACAGCGACCUUUGGAGCUCGUCUAUGAGGCUUUGCUUGGCCAGCGCGAAGACGUCGAUGAGACUGCGACCGUCCUGCACCUGUGCCUCAGGAGGGCCCUUCUGCAGCAAGAGAAGCAGCAGCCCAAGUCGGCCAAGCAGCUGCAGUCCCCCAGCCUCGACCUCCGGAGUGCCUCCAAAACGCUUGCGCGUGAGCUCCGCGCCGGCCAGGGCUACAGGACAUGGGCCGAGCUUUCUGAGCAGGCAAUGCGGCGCUUCCUCCCGCCGGAACAGCAGCCGCGGCAGCGGGCGGAGACUGCAGACUCGGUGCAGGUACUUGGGGUCAAGAGGUUGGGUAUUGAGGAUGGGCAGGUCAGCGACGAUGAGGCCCCUGGAUCUGAGGAUGAUCAGGAGACAGAGGCGCCCCCAAGCCAGGGACAGGAGAAGAAGAGCGCGGCUGGGCCUUCAGGAGGGGCGGGAAGACAUCUGGCUUCGGUUGGCUCAGCGAUAGAAGUGCAGUUUCUGGAGUUGAGGGAGCCAAGGAUUCCAAGCCAGAAAGUCUUCCGCGCGUGCAUCUCCCGUGCCGAGGCCUUCGUCCGCCGGCUCCUUGCAGAGGAGGGCGGCGAGGUCAUCAACCCGGCAGGCCUGCUGGACUUUGCACAGUGCUUCAGCGGAGAGCUAGGCCAGCCACAGAGCUUCGUGGCCUUGCACGAGGCAUUGCUGCGAAGCCCCGGCUGGGCCCGCUUCCGGCACCUCGGGCGAGAUGAGAGUUGGAUGAACUUGGUGGUUCCCAAGAACCAUGCGAAGGGCUGA